AUGUACAUAUCGUUCGUUGCAUUAUUUGCGUUGGCCUUAGCCUCCUCGUCCAGUUCUAAUAAACAGUACAGAACUGAUUAUGUGUACAAUUCAAAGACGGAUGCGUUCUACAAACUACACAUCGAGACUGUAUGGAAUAAUCGAGCGAAGUCCAUAUGUCAAACUGAGGGUGCGAGUCUGAUGAUUACGGCUUCUCAACAGGACAUUAUGCAGUUACAUGCUAUGAUAAAAGAGUUCCCUGAUAUUGGAGACUAUGCGUGGGUUGGAAACGACGGCUUAGCCCACGAUUCGGCGGAGGAACAGCCAAUAAUUAACUUGGAUGCUCCAACGGAUAUAACUCUGUCGAAGAAAAACGAAUGUGAAGUGCUGACUCGUAGCGGUGAUGUAGAAACUCACACCUGUUUCUCCCUUUUGCCUUUUAUCUGCAAAGUUAAAGCUGAGAGUGCGCGUUAUGACCCAGAGUGUGAUGUCUAUGGCGAUGGAUACCAAUACUACGAGAGUGUGGGCAGCUGUUACAAGAUUUCCCGCGUCGCGUUCUCUUGGAGCCAAGCGUAUGAGGAAUGUCGUGCGGAAGGUUCUCAUCUCGUUGUGCUGAACUCGAUGACGGAAGAUCAACUCAUCUACAAUAUAUUAAAGACCCCACCACACGUCAUAGGAGCGAAAGCGACCUGGUUCUUUUUCGCUGGCUUUAGAGCACACAAGACUACAGACGGCACUCCUAGAGUAUUCAAGACUAUAUUCAAUCAAACAUUAGAAGAGGCCGGUUUCAAUCAGUGGUCGCUCAACGAGCCUAACAACGCUUUUGGCAACGAAUACUGUGGGACCAUAUUUAAAAACGACGGCAAAUAUAAUGACGUAGACUGCUCUCACCAGUAUGGCUUCAUUUGCGAGAAGGAGAUUAAAAAAGUGCGAGCUAAAUGA